AUGGCCGAAGAUCCGGAGAAUUCAGUAGACAGGCCCAAUGACGAUGGAGAUGCUGGGAAGCCGGAAAAGAUGUUCACUUUGAAGAAAUGGAAUGCAGUUGCAAUGUGGAGUUGGGAUGUCGAAUGCGAUAUUUGUGCAAUUUGCCGCGUUCAAGUUAUGGAUUCCUGCCUUCGCUGCCAGGCUGACAACAAGCGGGAUGUGAUGGGUCGCCAGGACUGUGUAGUGGUUUGGGGCGAAUGCAACCACUCUUUCCACCACUGCUGCAUGUCCUUGUGGGUCAAGCAGAACAAUCGAUGCCCUUUGUGCCAGCAAGAGUGGUCCAUCCAACGGAUGGGAAAAUAAAUCUCUCCACCUGAAAUUACUUUAUGCUGUAUUAAAAAAAAAAAUAGUAAAUAAAGAAAAACCAAAAAAAAAUUUUA